AUGGACCUGAUACCACUGCGGAAUCGGUCCAACACCACCACGGACACGACACCGCUCGAUCCCGCCAGCAUCUCCAUCACCACACCCGAAGAUACCCGCGGCGGCGCCUUCUACACGGCCGUCCCCCACCACCGCAGCACCCACCGCACAGCCUUCGUGCUGCGCGUCACCUCCAUCAUCCUCUCCGUCAUGGCCAUCUCCGUCAUCUGCUACUCCUUCACCCACGACGACAUUGAGCCCGACGUCAACGCCGCCUUUGGCGCCCCGACCGCCAUUGUCGCCCUCGUCUGGUCGUCCCUCGACAUCGUCCUGCGCAUCGUCCGCGACCACGGCCUCUGGUGGCGCAACGCCGACCGCGACCGCCGCGACCGCCGCUUCAGCUUCGGCCACCCGGGCCUGCACGUCACCGUCCACCUCGCCAUCUGGCUCGGCAGCGCCGUGCUGAGCAUCUUCCUGUGGCAGAGCUACGUCAACCAGCGCACGCCCUGGCCCGACUGGUACGACCCGGACGUGUUCACGCCCGGCUACGACUACUUCAGCUCGUCCAGGCGCACCAUGACCGUCGCCGUGCUCCACGCCCUGCUGCCGAUCGUGCACUUUGUCCUCUUCGUCUUCGCCUGCAUCGCCGCCGACGACAAGAAGAGGCACCACGUCGACGUCGUCUUCGUGCCGAGGGAGGACCUGCGAGAGUUUGAAAAGGUCCCGCCGGCGACGCUGUUCGAGGUCGUCCGCCGGAAGAGGCUGCCUAUCGCCUACUAUGCGAAUCACUCGGUGCGGUACGAGCCCGGCGCCGACGGCACCGUGCAGAUGCUGCGGGACUAUAGCAGUCGGCAGCUGUCAUGA